ACAAUGGUCCCGCCCAUACAGUGCAAGGCAGGCAGCACAACCGCUUCACAGUAGAUGAGCAAUAGAGAGCUAAGUUAGAGGAAUAUGUCUCCACUGUGAGCAGCAGAAAGGAAAUACUUAGAGCAAAGGAAACAGGAGCUCAGCUGCUGCUGUGUUGAGAGAAGCUCAGAGGAGAGCCCAGAUCCUGUCGUGGGUAAAUCCCCCGCCGUCGACACUCGUAGCUGCCCUGUAGAGUGGCACAGCGUUCACAUCCUCUUGCUCCUCAUGUUCCUGGGAGCUGAGUGGAGGGCAGGGCGAGGAGACGCAGCCUGCCGGCCAGAGUCACAAGCACCAUGAUUGGGAUGGGGCUGCACAGGAGGCUGCUUUUUGCCAUGCUCACGGUCUCGUGCGUCCUUAUUGUCUACAUUCUGGCUUUGACCCUGGAGAGGCCUCUGGUGCCUCUCUACGACUUCAUACAGAGGGCGAGCGGCAUCUCAUCCGAGGAGCCUCUCAACGGGCCGAGCAACAAUGCCCACUUGACCUUCCUGCCCCCAGUGCCCAGCUCGCAUCCAGACAGGGAUGUAGGGAAUUUGUUCCUAAAGCAUCACAAAGUGCAAAAGCAAGACCUGGAUAAGGAGACAUCCAAGUCCAGAUCUGAUGAUGCCAAUAAUAAAACCAGGAUCGAUACCAAACGGCCUACAGUGAAGCCUGCUCGGCCAGCCAAACCUACGGACCCUCCCUUCAUAGGAGACUCGUACAUGAGCGAAGACGUCCCUCCGCAGACGGGCUGUCCAGACAGCAUCCGAAGUCGGGUGGGGAAAACUGAAUUUGGAGAACGAUUUCUGGAAAGUAUUCCAGUUUUGCAGUGGGCCAAACACGUGACACCCGAACAGCACCGGCGUCUGAGCCAUUAUCCUGGAGCACAUGGCUGGGGAGGGAUCGAUUACGACACACUGGUGGAAACACUCUCUGUCCUCAACUCACCUGCUAACUGGCAGAUGUUGGACAACUGGAAGGCUCCUGGCAAUAAGUCGGCGUGCAGUCGCUGUGCAGUGGUGGGGAAUGGAGGGAUACUGAAGAACUCCCAGAAAGGGAAGGAGAUCGACAGCCAUCACUAUGUCUUCAGGACCAAUGGGGCAAUCAUUAAGGGCUUUGAGGAGGACGUAGGGUCUCGGACCACCCACUACACGUUCUCCACAAACACGCUGAUUAAUUCCAUGUUGAGCUACGCAGGUGUCGGGUACAGACGACCCCCCGUGUCUAAGGAAACGCGGUACAUUUUCCUGCCGGAUCACGACCGAGAUUACCUGCUGAUGAAAGCGGCGGCGACGCACACCCUGGUGGACAGGGGGCGUGAGAAGGGCAAAAAUCCAGUGAAGUACUUUGGUGAGGACGUGUCAGCAGAGAAGUUGAAGAUGUACCAUCCUGAUUUCAUCCGUUACCUCAGAAACAGAUUCCUCAGAUCCAGCACUCUGAAAACCAGAUUCAAAGACAUCUACCGUCCAUCAACCGGUGCCACGAUGCUGCUGGCGGCGCUGCACACCUGCGAUCAGGUAAGUGCGUACGGCUUCAUGACCCCAGACUACAAGAAAUACUCAGACCACUAUUACGACAAAAACUAUCACCCUGUUGGCUUCUUCGCCAACCACGACCUGCGUAUGGAGAUGAAUCUGUGGCAGCAGCUGCACAAGGCCGGCCUCGUACGGCUCUACAUGCGCAACUAAACGAGGAUGAUGAGAAAUUUCAUCACUCCAUCUGCACGCGGCUCACCAGCAUAGUCACAGGGAGACGGGAUGUGCAGAAACGUGGGACUGUGCCCGUCUCAAAAUGACACUUCACAACUUUCUGAAAUAAACGCAAAACCAGCAGAUUUAUUUUCAUGAAGGAAAUGAUGAUAAAUUUGAUUUCUAAAAGACAGCUGCUGUUAUUGUUCAGCAGAGAGGUCACAGUUAUGGGUCUAUUAUUUGUUUUGCCUCUUUUUAAAGGAAUCUUUCUGUGCUGGGAAGCAUUAUUCUGGUGACUGGUAGGAAAAUGGAUCUUAUGUUAAUUUAAAAGAAAGAAACGAUUUUUGGAUUAAGGGGCCUGCUGGUCUGGACCACACAAUCCUGUGACGGUAAAUCCAAACGGUGUAAGCUGUGAGUCACAAUCUCUAAGAUACUGUCAGACUGUUAAGAUGCUUUCAACAACCUCAAAGGGGAGCUCUUCUCCUCCUGCUCCUCCUCAUCUUCUGUCAUACACGGGCUCUUCCAGUGUUUCACUUACCUGCUGGUUAAACCAUCUGUUUAUGAGGGGCAACCAAUAAGAAGAAAGGUGGCUCGAAGGAAGCUAACGUGGUUCAUUUCAAACAGAGAAUAAACUGAGGGGCUGCACCAGUGUAAGAUUUACUUUGAACUGUGCUACUCUGGUAGAGUUCAAAAUCAUGACUGUAAAUCUGGGAAUCUGCAGAAUUUAUCAGCUUUAGUUGGAGUUGAAACACUCCAGAUAUGCUAUUUUUUUUUUAAAGUGUUAUUUCCUCUCUUUGAAUAGAUGGGCACAGAUUCUUGUCUAGUUAAAGAGGGAACUGAUUUGCUAUUGUAAAAGUUUGAUUGUUUUAAAAUUAUUUCAUUAUCUCUGCAGACAAUCUGUGGUGAUUUAUGGUAAUAUUUGGCUUUCCUGUGAACCUUUCUGCUGCUGCUACAAGCUGAACUGGAAAUUGUCCCUUCUGUCUUGUUAUGUAUUUAUUUUUAAACCAGCAAACCACCAAACAGUUGUUUACUCUGAGAACUUUAGAUCGUAUCAUACGAUCGGUCUCUGGCAAAGCUCAAGUCAUUAUUGUUUGACACAGCGAGACCACUCUCGAGUUGGCAACGUGCUUAAAAUAUCCCAUCCCCUGCGGCCAGAGCACUGCUGGCAGUGACCACGGGCCAUUUUUAUGAGUUUUCUUUUUUCUGUGAGUUUACUGUGGAAUGAAAAGGGAAAUAAUUCACUGACUGUGACUUUAAAGCUCACAAACAAAUUAAGUAUUUAGUUUAAGGGACGUAAUUUAUUCUCAUUUUAAACAUAUUUUAAUUUCUUUUUUUAACACUUAACUACACUUUGUGGCCUCUACUGGACUUUCAGUGCCUUCAAUGUGAAACAGCAGUUUGGGUUAAUUACUGUAAGAACUGAACUUUAUUGCCAGACUCCUUCAGCUCUGACUCAUCAGCUUCCAUCUCUGAAGUGACCGUGGGGGGUCUGCCCUCGACUACAUGGAUGUACUGUCUUCAAGCUUAAAGGGGAUUUUAUUGUAUUUUAUUAACAAUACUACAAGUUUUGAAGUGGAAGGAAGGUAACCAAACCAAAAACGGUCACAUCAGGGAACGUGUGUAUUUAAAAAUUAGCCUUCUGUGUUAUUAAAUCAGUGCAGAAAAAGCAAUGCAAUAUUUCCAGCAUUUCUGCAAACUGUAGAGGGGAAGGAGACUUCUGGUUUAUAUACGGUGCAAUGAUUGAUUGUGAUUUUUUUAAAAAAUUAAAUCCAUAUCUCAGUGAGUUUGAAUCUUUCUGUCAUAACCUGAGAGUUUGGUCACACUUUAUUUUACAGCUUUGAUUAAUUUUUUUCUACCAAAGAUCAAGAGGAAGGUUCUAGAAAUUAUCAUUUACUGUUACUAAUUAUAAAAUGGAGAAUUUA